AUGAUAGCACGUUCCACUGAAGCUCCAUUCUCAGUUAAUCAUGAUUCUAUAUUUCGCUCUCUGUCGGCGGCUCCAUUCGUAAUACACGACAAGUUAUAUCGAAAUGUUGGAUUGAUGAGAAUUUUUCCAUCAAUUUCCAUAGAAAGUGUAAAUCGAGGUGUUAUAAGUUGGUCAGCUGUUCUCAAAUCAAGUCAAAAACCAGAAAACGAAUCACAUUAUAAAUCAAUGUCGCAAGCCAUUCGUGCCUGUUUUCUACUUGGUUCCACAGAUCUAAAUAUUUCUUAUGAAAUGGGAUUUUUCCGCUAUGCUGUCCUUCCACAAUUACUAUGUUAUGAGCUAACUGUGAAAAGUGAUGUCGAGAUGCCUAAUGCAUUUCGUGAAAACGGAGCUAAUUAUUGA